AUGCUGUGGUCCCUGGUGCUGACCUGCGCGCUGUGCAUGGGACGACACGUUGCAGAAGGACAGAGAGAUGGCGAAAUUAUCAGCCAGAUUAAAAUGACUAACCUUGCGCUGGCUGAGAUCAAAGAGCUUCUGAAACAACAGAUAAAAGAGAUAGUAUUCCUGAAGAACACAGUGAUGGAGUGUGAAGCCUGUGGGAUGGGGGGAAUGCAGCCUCGUUCUUCCUGUGUGCCCAACCCAUGCCACCCAGGGGUGAAGUGUAUGGAGACACCUCAGGGUGUAAAGUGUGGACCCUGUCCUGAUGGUAUGCAGGGUAACGGUACCCACUGCACUGACGUGGACGAGUGUACAGUGAUGCCUUGUCACAUGGGUGUGCGCUGCAUCAACACCUCCCCCGGCUUCCGCUGUGGUUCCUGUCCUGCUGGAUACACUGGGCCCCAGGUCCAGGGCGUCGGCCUUGCCUACGCCACCGCCAACAAACAGGUGUGCAAGGACAUCAAUGAGUGUGAGGCCUCCAACAGUGGAGGCUGUGUGGAGAACUCAGUCUGUAUGAACACACCUGGCUCGUUCAGGUGUGGUCCCUGUAAACCGGGCUACAUUGGCGAUCAGAGACGUGGCUGCAAGCCUGAGAGAGCCUGCGGGAAUGGACAGCCCAACCCCUGCCACGCCAGCGCAGAGUGCAUCGUACAUCGAGAGGGGGCAAUCGAGUGUCAGUGUGGAGUUGGAUGGGCUGGCAACGGCUACCUCUGCAGUCCUGACAUUGACAUCGAUGGUUUCCCCGAUGAGAAGCUGGACUGUCCUGAGAGGAACUGUAACAAGGAUAAUUGCCUUACUGUUCCCAACUCUGGUCAAGAAGAUGCAGACAAAGACGGAAUAGGAGACGCCUGUGAUGAGGAUGCAGAUGGAGACGGGAUCCCCAACAUGCAGGACAACUGCGUGCUGGUGCCCAACGUGGAUCAGAGGAACAUUGAUGAAGACGACUUUGGUGACGCCUGCGACAACUGUCGUGCUGUGAAAAACAACGACCAGAAAGACACAGAUGUGGAUGAAUUUGGUGAUGAGUGUGAUGAAGAUAUUGACGGGGAUGGAAUCCCCAAUCACCUGGAUAACUGCAAAAGGGUUCCCAACACCGACCAGAAAGAUCGAGACGGAGACAAAGUGGGAGACGCCUGCGACAGCUGUCCUUAUGUUCCCAACCCCGACCAGAUGGAUGCUGAUAACGACUUGAUCGGAGACCCCUGCGACACCAACAAGGACAGUGACGGUGAUGGUCACCAAGACUCUCGGGACAACUGCCCAGCUGUCAUCAACAGCUCUCAGCUCGACACCGACAAAGACGGCCAGGGUGACGAGUGUGAUGAUGAUGAUGACAAUGAUGGCAUCCCAGACCUGCUGCCGCCCGGUCCCGAUAACUGCCGUCUGAUCCCCAACCCUCUGCAGGAGGACUCUGACGGCAAUGGUGUAGGUAAUGUCUGUGAGACGGAUUUUGACAACGACACUAUCAUCGACACCAUCGAUGUUUGUCCAGAAAAUGCUGAAGUCACCCUCACUGACUUCAGGGAGUACCAGACUGUCGUUUUAGAUCCGGAGGGAGAUGCACAGAUUGACCCCAACUGGGUGGUGCUGAACCAGGGAAGAGAGAUUGUCCAGACGAUGAACAGUGAUCCUGGGUUGGCUGUUGGUUACACUGCUUUCAGCGGCGUGGAUUUUGAAGGGACCUUUCAUGUAAAUACGGUAACGGACGACGACUACGCAGGAUUUAUCUUCGGCUACCAGGACAGCUCCAGUUUCUACGUGGUGAUGUGGAAGCAGGUGGAGCAGAUCUACUGGCAGGCAAACCCAUUCAGAGCUGUGGCAGAACCUGGCAUCCAACUGAAGGCCGUGAAGUCAAACACAGGUCCAGGCGAGAACCUGAGGAACGCGCUGUGGCACACCGGCGACACCGGUGACCAGGUGAAACUCCUGUGGAAAGAUGCUCGCAAUGUCGGCUGGAAGGACAAGACUUCGUACCGCUGGUUCCUCCAACACCGGCCCGCUGACGGCUACAUCAGAGUUCGUUUCUACGAGGGUCCUCAGAUGGUGGCGGACACAGGUGUAAUCAUCGACGCCACGAUGAGAGGAGGCCGACUAGGAGUCUUCUGCUUCUCCCAAGAGAACAUCAUCUGGGCGAACCUGCGUUAUCGCUGCAACGACACUCUUCCUGAGGACUUUGACACCUACAGAGCCCAGCAGGUCCAGCUGGUGGCCUGAUGAAACGGGGACGAGCCCAGGG